AUGGAAGAAUUAUUUAAAAAAGUUUUCAAUAAUAAAUUUAUAAGGAAAUUAAUAUUUCAAUUUGUUAGUCAACCAAAUGGAUAUAAAUAUGAUGAUAUUCAUUCUUUAUCAUGGAUUUGUUCAAAUGGUUACUUUGGAUUAGCAUAUGAUAAAUUAAAAUUCAAUAAACAUCAAUUAACUGAAAGAUUUGGAAUGUUAAAUUUAUUUGAACUUUUAACACAAAUGGAUUCUACACAAUCAGCUUCUCAAUUAUUGAAAUAUUUAUUAACAGAACAUGACUUUGAUAUAAAUAAAGAAUCAACUGGAAAUAAUGAUAACGAUAAUGGUAAUGAUAAUCAUAAUAAUGAAGAAGAAAUCAUUAGAAAUAGAAGAAAUCAAUUUUUCACAUGUUUACCAAGUUUGGAUUAUAUGACUGAUAAUUGUUCACUUGAAGAUAUUUUAUUAUUAGAAUCAGUGAUACCGAAUGACCUAUUAUCAAAUGUUACCUCUACAGACGCACUAGAUAAAGCACCCUUGAAUCCAAACCCACUCAAUAGACAUUCAAUUGUUAAACAUUUAUUAAAUAAUAGGAAUGAGGGUUGUAGUUUUAGAAUUUUAAUAAAUUCAAUGGCAAUCAAUGAUUUAGAAUUAUUAAAAUAUAUAAUUGAAAAGAAUAAACAAAAUUUCAAUGAAAUUGUAAUACUAAAUUCGAAAAUAACGACAACUAUGACAAUGGAAUUUGAAGAAGCAGAAACCAUUAUAGGAAAAUGUAUUAGAAAUUUAAAUAUAGAGUUGUUAGAAUAUGUUUUGAAUGAAUUCCCAAAGUUUGGUUUUGAUUUUAGUCAAAUAAAUUGGUUUACCAUGAUUGAACACUCGUUGCAAUGUAUAUCACCAAGUCUUAACACCCACUCACAGACUAGACAUGUAUUCUUUGGAGAUAAAAUUAAUAAGGAUAAAGUUUUAUUAAUGAUUAAAUAUAUAGUCGAGAAUAAAGUAACUGAAAAGGAUAGACAAUUAUUGUCUGUGAGAAUCAAGAAUUUAGAUUUACUAUUAAAUUCAUUUUUAUUUUGUAUUAUGAAUUCAUUGAUUGAUAUAUUAGAUUAUUUAAUCAACCAAUCUAAAUUAAUCACACUACCAAUUGAUAAACAACAAUUAUCACAAUGUUUUUAUUACCAGUAUUUAUAUUCAAUAAGUUUCGAAUCAUUAGAAUUCUGUCAUAAAAAUGGUAUUGACAUUUGGGAUUUUAAAAAUAAUGGUAGUUUUUCAAUCAAUGAUUUACAAUCAUUCAAAUUUGUAAAACAAAAUAAUCUUUUAAAUAAAUUUUCAAUUAGUUGUAAUGAUAUGGAAUGUGUGAAAUACAUUUUUGAGAAUUUCAACUCUGCGAUCGAUAUAGAUAGCAUUCUAAUUGAAAGUGCAGCCUUUGGUGAAAUAUCAAUUUUAAUUUAUUUAUCACAAGUUAUUGAUCGUUCAAAUUUCACUGAAGAAUUGGCUCAUGUGGCAUUAAAAGAAAAGAAAUUAGAUGUUAUUAGAUUCCUAUAUCAUGAGCUUGCAAUUGAAAUAGAUCUAAGUUAUCUUUUAAUAGUUGCAUCGGCAAGUAAUGAUAUUGAUGCAGUAAUAAUGAUCUUUCAGGAAUUUAAACUUGACCCCUCAUUAAUCACCCAAGAUUUUUUAACUGCUUGUUGUUUAAAACCUCAAGGAUUACACUUAUUCAAAUAUCUAUAUUCGAUUUGUCCACAAGAAAAGAAACCAACUAUACCAAUUUCAACAUUAAAUAAUUGUAUUAAAUUAAAAUUAUGGAAUACUAUUGAUUGGUUACUUGAUAAUAUAUUUUCUAAUACCAAUAUCAACACCAAUACCAAUACCAAUACCAAUACCAAUACCAAUACCAAUACCAAUACCAAUACCAAUACCAAUACCAAUACCAAUACCAAUAUCAAUAUCAAUAUCAAUAAUAAUAAAGUUAUUGAUUGUGGUAUUUCAAAUUUAAGAAUUGUUAAAAAAUUAAUUGAAAAUGGAUUUACAUUUUCCAAGAAAUCAUUUAAUAAUUGUUUUGAAAAUGUUAAAGUUUUAGAAUAUAUUCAUAAUCAUUUCCCAAAACAAGAAUGUACAACUGAAGCAAUUGAUUUAGCAAGUCGUCAUGAUUGUUAUAAUUCUGUUAAAUUCUUAUUGGAUAAUAGAAAUGAAGGUUAUGAUAUGGCAAUUCAAUUUUGUUUAACAAGAGGUUGGUUUGAAAUUAUUGAAUUAUUAAGAUCAACUCAAAGAUAUAAAGAUUUACAUAAUCCGUGUAUCCCUCAAAAACAACCUCUUUAUUUUAAUCAAAUCGAUCAAAUCAUUUCAAUCAAUUCUUCAAUGAUGUUAUCAAUUGUAAUUAAAGAAAAUGGUGAUAUAAAAUUACCAAUAACAGGUCAACAAAUUACAAAUGCAAUUAAAAAGUCUGGUCAUUUAUCAAUUUUCCAUCAAUUAUUAAAUAUAUCUAAAGAUAUUACUCCUUCAAUUUUAAAUCAAUGUUUAAUUAUUUCAAUUAGUUAUAAUAGAAUUCAUAUUAUAAAUUAUUUAAGAAAUAAAUUAUCAUCAUAUAAUAAAAUAUAA